CUUUUUGUGUGUUUACAAUACGUUAUUUGGAUUUUUAUUCUGCAAUAGAUUUUUGUUAUUUUAUGCAGUGAGAAGAUAUGGUGAUACUGCACAGUCCUGUUUCACCUGGCAUGUCGUGUCGGGCCUACUCCAAUUCCAGCGACUGGGACAUUAAUGACAGUUCGAUACCAAGAAUCAACGAUUACGAUCCAUUCUCUGAAUGGGCCGACGGACAUUGUCGGCUCGUGUACCGAGCCGACAACGAGGAAGCCAAAAGACACUCUUCCGGCUGGGCAAUGAGAAACACAAACAAUCACAACGUCCACAUCCUGAAGAAGAGCUGUUUGGGCGUCUUGGUCUGUUCAUUGAGAUGCACCCUUCCCAAUGGUGAUCGCGUUCACCUCAGACCAGCCAUUUGCGACAAGGCUAGGAAAAAACAGCAAGGAAAACCUUGUCCAAAUCGUCAAUGUACCGGCCGUUUAGAGAUAUUAGCAUGCAGAGGACACUGUGGAUAUCCCGUGACGCAUUUCUGGAGACACACCGAACACGCCAUAUUUUUCCAAGCCAAGGGGGUACACGACCACCCCAGACCUGAAGCCAAAAGUACGUCAGAGGCUAGAAGAACACUUGGUACCGGCAGGAGGGUACGAAAUUUAGCUGUGUUAUUAGCCAAAGAAGCCUCUUUAGGAAAACAAUUAAUGUCAUUUCGGGAACCUAAGAGACAAUGCAGGGACAUUUCAAAUCAAAGCCCACGCAGCACAAUACCUCCUCCCCUCAUCUCGGACCAAGACAAAGUGUUCUGUUCGUGCCCACCCUUCGAGUGUAUCUGCAGCUAUCAACCAACAAUAUUGUCUUCAGGCAUGCAACAGUAUCCCCAUUCGCCCUCAAAUUAUCAACAACCACAACUGGUUGACUCUUACUGGAUGCAGGAACCGGCUCAUGCCCAAUCCUACCCGACCGAAGCCAGCAACAACUUAAAUCAACAUUACGAUUUCACCAAUAUCCAAGCGGAUUUAUUCCAACCAGAAGAAAUUUUCCAAUUAGAUCAACCGAUUAAACCUGAUUUUGUUUCUGGAUCACAAAACGAUUUGGCCAGAUCUCCGUCAACUUUACUUGAUUUGGGCAGUGGAACCAUACAUAGGGAAUUUAAAUCAGAAGAAUAUUGGAGUCCAAAUAAUUUAAGUUCCGUACUUAAUGAUGACAGUAAUAAUAGUUCGAGCAGUAGAUUUAACUUAAGUCAAUCACCAGAUCAUACUGCUCUCGGUCUCAAUAACAAUAUACAUCCAGUCUUGGAACAAAAUAUGUAUAUGGAAACAACGAAAAUUGAUGAAAUGGCAUUUCAGUUACAAAAAGUGCAAAAUUGCUAUCAACAGAAUAUGAUUGAGACUGAUUAUAAACCCUAUCAAAAUUAUGAAACAUUAGACAAUAAAAUAUUUUAUCCAGAAGAACCAAAUAUUCAAAGUUUUGAUGCAUAUCAAUCCAAAUCAAUGAAACCUAAUUACCACGAUAAAUAUAUCGACAUAUCCCAAUAUUCUGAAUACAAUAAUUUCCUAAAUGCUUAUGAUAAUACCAAAAUGGCGUCAUCAAAUGAUAAUGUGAUGUUUAAUGAAAUUGACUUUAGGAUUAAUUUGCCCAAUGUAAAUAAUGUACACAGUGAUCAUGACAAUUAUGAUGUUCACCCGUAGUUCGUAUACCAAUUAGAAUAGAAUUUUAUUGAGUGCCUUGUACACCUAUGUUAUAUAAGUAUGCUUUCGAUGAUCUUCAGAAAAUUGCG